GCAGCACUUGUGACGCACUUCCGGCGCUCUAAGCAAGGAAGAUGGCUGCGCCCCAGCAGCAAGCUUCAGUGGCUUCCUCAGCUGCUGGUGUGUCGGGUCCAGGUUCGACUGGUGGCCCGGGUCCCCAGCAGCAGCCACAGCCGCCAGCACAACUGGUGGGACCUGCCCAAAGCGGUCUCCUGCAGCAACAGCAACAGGACUUCGAUCCUGUGCAGCGCUAUAAGAUGCUCAUUCCUCAGCUGAAGGAAAGUCUGCAGACCUUGAUGAAGGUUGCAGCACAGAACUUGAUUCAGAACACUAACAUUGACAAUGGACAAAAGAGCAGCGAUGGACCCAUACAGCGCUUUGACAAGUGCCUGGAGGAGUUCUACGCACUCUGUGACCAGCUGGAGCUGUGUCUGCGCCUGGCGCACGAGUGCCUUUCACAGAGCUGUGACAGUGCCAAGCACUCUCCGACCUUGGUGCCCACAGCCACCAAGCCAGAUGCCGUGCAGCCUGACAGCCUGCCCUACCCACAGUACCUGGCCGUCAUCAAAGCCCAGAUUGCCUGUGCCAAGGACAUUCACACGGCCCUGCUGGACUGUGCCAACAAGGUCACAGGCAAGACGCCUGCACCACCUACUGGCCCCGGGGGCACCCUCUGAGGUGGCAUGGCAGGGAGUGGGGCUGGCAUUGGGGGGUAGGGGGCAGACAAAGAAUGAAGAUUGG